AUGGCCGCCGAACUGAUCGGCACCACCAUUGGUGUCGUCGGCUUCAUAGGCCAGCUCUUCGACGGCUGCGUCAAAGCCUACGGGUACUUUACAACCGCGUCGCACCUCGACACAGACAGCCAGCGGCUCAUGUGCAAAGUACGCAUCGAGGAGAUGCGCCUCGUCGUCUGGGGAAGGGAAUGGGGAGUCGCCGAGGGGAAGCUAGAGGCCCAUCUGGAGGGUGGGAAGAAUGAGGGGUUGAGGGAGCUGGCGACGCAGAUCUUGGAGGAGUUGCAUGGGACGGUGACGGAUUUCAGAAAGUUGCAGGAGCGGUAUGGGCUGAGGGAAGAUACUGGCAAUGGAAACGGGAAUGGGAACGGGAGUGCGGUUGGCGUGGAGAGUAAAGGGGGGAAGAAGAUUUCACCGGGGCCGUCGCCGACGCCGUCGAGAAAGGGGUCCAAGGAUGAUGGGAAGGCGGUCAAGACGGAGAGGAGUUGGAGGAAGGAAUGGAGUUUGAGGACGAAAUGGGUUAUUGCGGACAAGGACAAGUUUACAAACUUGUUGAAGGACUUGAAGGACUUCAACGACGGCCUCGAGCGUCUCUUCCCGCCAUCACAACUACCCUCCUUCCAACGCACAUGGACGCACCGCCUCCUCGAAUCCGCCCAAAGAGACCUCACGCAGCUCUCGCUGCUAGAAACAGCCUCAAGUGACACAUACCCGCAGCUCAAAACAUCAGCAAACCUCAAAUCCCUACGCAUCAACCUCGACAGCAAGCCGCAAUCCGCAUUCAAGCCCACCUUUGCCCUCAAAGUCCCAUUCAGCGCCCUCACUCUCUCCUCACCGACACCAGCACCCGCCAAAAUAAACGGCGGCAAACGAAGCCAGGGCCAUCACAACACAGCAGGAGACGUCCUCCUCGAAUGGGUAGAUUACGACCGCGAAGCCAUUGAAGAGCGUGUCGCCCACGUCCGGCGGAUGGACGACCUCGCUCGCAUGAUGCACUCCUCGUCCUCGUGCCACCCGGACCUUCACUCCAUCGACUGCGUAGGCUACACCGACGACUCUGCAAACAGCCGCUACGGUCUCGUGUAUAAGGCCCCCGCGGGUAGCUAUUCCACCCUCCACGCCCUCAUCUCCUCGCCGGACCUGAAGACGCCGGACCUCGACGACAGGAUACGCCUGGCACACACGCUCGCCGUGGCCCUCUGGUCCCUCCACUCCCUGGACUGGCUGCACAAGUCUCUCUGCAGCUCAAACAUCACCUUCUUCCCGUCCGCCUUCUCCAACUCUGCGACGUCGCCUACCGCUACCGCGGCGCUCAUACCAGACAUUUCAAACCCCUAUCUCGUUGGGUUUGAUGCCUCUCGACCAGACCUCGAUACCGCGCUCUCCAUGGUCCCCAAGAAUCCGUCCAUCGAGAAUCUCCACAGACAUCCUUCCUCGCUACGCGGCAUGAGCCACUGCAAAGCCUUUGACAUUUACUCCCUCGGCCUGGUCCUACUGGAGAUUGGGCUGUGGAAAGUCCUCCAGACGUAUUACAAGCCGCACUACUCGGCGGAGCGAUGGAGAGACAAGGUUGUCUUGGCGGUUCUCGUCCAGGGGCUAGGGAGCAAAGUUGGCAAAAAGUUCAAGAACACUGUGGAGAUGUGUCUCACGGCUGGGGAGGACGUGUCCGGCGGGGAGGCGGGCAAGAUUAUGGAGAAGGUGGUGUCUACGUUGGAGAGUAUUCGGGUGUAG